AUGCUUGAUAAAUCGCUGCCUAAACGCACUGUACGUGCCCACCCCUCCGACAAGCCGUGGAUAACACCGCGUAUAAAGCAUGAAAUAAAAGCUAGGCAAAAGGCGUUUAAAUCUGGAGAUAUAACAAGGUACAAACUAUUAUGUGACAAAGUUACCUCACUUGUAUCAAAUGCGAAAAAGAAUUACUAUCAGCUAAAAGCAGAGGUUACACGUGAAACGAAUCCGGCAAAGUGGUACAAAACCAUAUUUGAACUUGCUGCCGCUAAUGACAGUAACUCUCAACCACCAGCUGAUGAUGCAGCAGACUUAGCGGAACGCCUGCAACAAAGCUUCACCAAACCUUGGCAGAAUGCCAACCCCACUGAAAUUCCGGACGGUGGGGAAAUUGAACACCUACUUAAGCAUGAUACCAGUCCCCCGUUGCCUUCCAUCGGACAAAUUAAGGCAACCCUUAAACAUCUAAAUCCCAGGAAGGCCACUGGCUCAGAUGAGAUCCAUCCAUGGUUACUGAAACGUUACCAUGAAGAACUUGCCCCUGUUAUUCAUAACAUCAUAUGCUCUAGCAUCUCCCAGGCUAAAUACCCAACCCUAUAUAAACACGCAUUGGUCACCCCAGUGACUAAAAUAUACCCUCCUAAUGACAUGGAUAAUGAUUUUCGCCAAAUCUCAGUAUUACCGCAAUUGGCUAAAGUCUUAGAAAGCAUCCAACUUAAAUAA